CCGCCCCUCAGGAGCGGCGUCACUGCGCGUGCGCAAACUGCUGUCAAACUCACUGAAGGCGGCCCGGAAGAAAAAAGGCGGGAGCUACCAAUCCCCGGUGGCGCAAAAUGGCGCCGGGAGGUGAGAUGCUGGAAUUCACGCACAGCUUCUUCUGAGGUUCCCCUGACCUCAGGUGCAUAGGGAAGAGUUUGGAUUGGAAAGGGCAGAAGUCGGACUGGGACUCUGUCUUGACACGUGUCUUUGUAGCACGGUUACGCACGCCAUCGUGCGACAGCAAUUUCUGACCCACGUGGGCCAGGAUCACCUUGAACCUGAGGAGAAGCAGGCUUUGAAGCGGCUGGUGGAGGAGGAGCUGCUGAAGAUGCAGGUGUGGGCGUGAGCCUGGUGAGCCUGGGCCAGGAGAGACAGGGUUUGUUGCUGCGGGGUUGGGACAACCUUGGUUCGGUUUGCCCUCAUGCUGCACCCACAGACGGAUGCUGGUACCAGGGAAGGAAAGCUAGACUUCAUCAAAGUGAAGAGGUCUCCUGCUCCCGGCAGUGACCCAGAGGCAAAAAGGUUCCGCUUCAAUUCAGAGUCAGACUCCAGCUCUACACCAUCCAGUCCAGACUGCUCAGGACGCCCAACAAAGAACAGCACAACCAAGGAGAAGUCAUGUUUGAGGAGAGCCGUAAAGAAAGCAGUUGAGAGCACAGAUGAAGAACAGCAAACAGACCUGGCGCCCAAGAUGGGAUUAGAGAGCAGUGAGGAGGAAGGGGAGGGCUCUGUCUGGAAGGAAGAGGACACUGAGGAGGAGGAUGGGGAAAAAGAGCAGAAGGCUGGGGCUAAAAAGAAAGCUGGGACCAAGAACGAGCAAGCACCAAGCAAGGCUUCAGCCACUGAGCAGCAGGUUAGGGAAGAAAGUGGAAGCAGUGAAGAAGCUAUGCAGGGUAGAGCAAAGAUGGGGGAAAGAACAGGUGCUAAACGCCACAAGGAAAGUGACGACAGUGACGAGGAGACCCUAGCCAAGAAGAAAGAGCACAGGGAACCCAGACAGAAGAGCAACAAAGGGAAGAGAAAGAGCUCUAAGCAGAAAAGCCGGGCUGGGAGGCGAACUAGAGGCAUGGGAGACAGUGAGGAAGAGAAGGGAAAGGGGGCAGUAAGUAGUGGGGACAGCAGUGGGGAGGAAGAGGAGGAAAACAGGAGCAAGGCCGGGUCCCAGACUGAGAGCAGAAGGCAGAGUGCCAGCAGCGAGGACAGUGAGAGCAGCACGCAGGAGCCAGCAGCUGCUCAGGACACUACAGAGACAGGCACGCGAGGCACGCUAGACAGCAGUAAUGGGGAGAGUGAUGUGGAGAGGGAAGGGAGUGACUCCCAGGCAGGAGAGAGCACCAAAGAGGAGAGGAAGAACCGCUCCUCCAAGAAGAGCUCCAAGAAAGGCAAAGCACGAAGUUCUUCUUCCUCAUCAGACUCAAGUCCAGAACCCACAAGCCAGAAGGCUAGGUCUCGACGCUGUGGAGAGGACCAUCCAGCUGUGGUGAGACUAAAGCGUUAUAUUCGGGCUUGUGGUGCCCAUCGGAACUACAAGAAGCUCCUGGGGUCCUGCCGCUCCCACAAGGAGCGCCUUAGUGUCCUUAGGGCUGAGCUGGAAGCGCUGGGCAUGAAGGGCAAUCCUUCUUUGGAGAAGUGUCGGGCCCUGAAGGAGCAGCGAGAAGAGGCAGCUGAGGUGGCUUCCUUGGAUGUUGCCAAUAUCAUCAGCAGUUCGGGCCGACCACGAAGAAGUAAUGCCUGGAACCCUUCAGGGGAAGGAAUCGCCCCAGGGGAGCUUUAUCGCCGAACCCUGGAUUCAGAAGAGGAGCGACCACGCCAAGCACCUCCAGACUGGUCCCAUAUGCGGGGCAUCAUUAGCAGUGAUGGUGAGAGUAGCUGAACUCCAUGCUCCAGCAGGGACCCUGUCCUGCUAUACAAAGAGCCUGUGGCACUGAAGCAGUCUUAAAAAGAUACUAUAGCCCCAAGGACCUAAGUUGUAGGCACAGUAUUCAAUUUUAUGUUCUCUAAGGUUUGGGGGUUUGUGGGUUUCUGUUUUUAGAGUCAAUAAAGUAAUGUUUGUAAUUAC